CCCAUAUUCGAAGAAGUCAGAUUUCCGAAAUCACACUCUCAUAAAUCCCCGCCUAUUGAACAAAGUCCUCGUAUGUCCUAUCGGGAUCGCUUAUGAGAGGACGUGUCUCCGCAGUCUUGUUCUGCUCACAGUUCCGAGUGUGUAUGCAAGUGCAUCUGGACAAAGCUCAAGAUCAAUCAUGCAGAAAUUUUUUGGCAGUCGAAUCAUGCAGUGGUCAUUUGGGAGAAUGCCGACGGUCUAGUGGAGGAGACCCAAAAGAGCUCUAUAGAUCUAUUUCUGCCCACGGCCAUGAAUCACUCAGCUCUCCCAUGUGAUGGCCACACAAGUUAUGGCUCAGAGUGAUUGCAUCAACGUCUCCUCAAAGAGGGAUGUGAUGCCGCAGGAGGAAGCUAGCUCACAAAUAUGCAUACGUGAUGUUGGACAUUACAGCGCAGAUUCUCGAACGCAAGCUCGAAGUCCUUCUUCACUUCGAAUCAUUUUCCGAAGCAUCGGUGAAGAAGCUUAGUAAAGCUCAUGGCCCUGUGUGGGAGCGUCGACUGUGUUCCCACCCACUUGACCAG